AUGACGCCUAAACUCGAUCAUUGCUACAUUCCUCAGCAUACAUUGUCGGAGAAAUCUAUUCAAAAGCGUAGAAAUUUCUUUAUCUGGUCGCCGACUCUGCGACUGGUAGGAGGUUUACAUCUGGACGAACGCAACCCCAUCACUGUUGCGAGCUUGUAUCGGUGGUUGGCGCUUCUGUUGAAGAAAAGAUCUCAAGAAUUCAACCUACACGCAGUGCAGAUAUUACCGACCGACGCCAUCUUCAGGUAUCUACCGCAGCGUGCUGGAGAUGCACUCUCUCGUGACUCUCAGGAGUAUCUCAAACCGGGUGACAUCGGUGUAUUCCUACCAGGCGACAGUCAGUCAAGGUUUCAGUACGAUAUUUGUUUCACCGGAAUGCAAGUGACGUACGCUGAAGAGACGGCUUUACGGCCAAAGAGAAAAGACAGGAACAAUAUGACACAGUCAUUCAUUGAGGAGGUGCAGACAAGGGAUGGGUAUCGAUGUGUACUCACAGGUACAUCGUCCACAGAUGCACCUCUUACGGUGUGCUGGAUGGUCUUUCCGUCGUCGCUUCAACUAGGUGGCUACUAUGAAGGCCCGAACUCGGAACCGAUCCGUACCGACAUUAGACUAUAUCAUACAACAUCAAAUGCGUGGACGCUCCGUGCGGACCUCGCAGAGCUGUUCAUAAACAAUAAGUGGGGGAUCGAUGUUGGUGAAAAUUUCCGUGUGGUCUUUUUUGGCCUUUACGAUGAUUACUCGCAUCUCUUACCUCAAGUUCCUUCGAACUUACCUCUUACUGGACCAAUUUGCGAACGUCUUAAUGAACACUUUACUCGGUGCUUGAGCUACAACAUCCUCGGCGGCGACAUUUAUGACAAGUAUGAUGGGUUUGAUGUAAAGGACUACCUCGAAGAUCUUGGAUGCUUCGACGGCGACGAUCUUGAUCCGGCUGAUCCAGAAUGGCAAACCGAGCUUGGGAAGGAGGUUUGGGAGUUGAGAUUUAGGCUGAGGUGCGAGGAACUACAGGAUCGCUCCUCCCGAUACAAUGAUACUCAAUACUCUGACGACCAAUAA